AACAGCAGCACUCCAGUCCAUACUAGCUAGUUACAAUGGAUCAUGGGUCAUUGUUCUUCUUACUGUUAGUGCUACUGACAGUUCCUACUGAAGGAUCUUAUUGUAUGACUACUGACUGUCCUAAUACUGGAUCAGGUGGACUAUCACUGUAUCUAAGAGUAUGCUGUGUUGUUAGUAACUUAGGACAGUCUGUUUCUAUGAGAGGAUCUGGUACUUAUAAACAUUUGCAUAUUAUCUGUCCUAAAGUACGGCCAAAGUCAUGCCCAGCUAUCAGUGACUGUAAGAGCUUGUUUGAGGAUGGUAAAAAUGUGAGUGGUGUUUAUACUGUUAAUCCUGAUGGGGCUCCAUUUGAAGUAUACUGUGAUAUGGAGACUGAUGGUGGUGGAUGGACUGUAUUUCAGAGGAGACAAGAUGGAUCUGUUUAUUUCUAUAGGAACUGGACUAACUACAAAAAUGGAUUUGGCAACUUUACUGGUGAGUUUUGGUUAGGAUUGAGCAAGAUUCAUCGACUAACUAAAGAAGGAUCAGACACACUAAGAGUGGACCUGGAAGACUUUGAUGGGAACACAGCUUAUGCUAAAUUCUCCACAUUCAGUAUUGGUGAUGAAAGUACUGAUUAUACACUAACAGCAGAAGGAUACUCUGGUACCGCUGGGAAUAGUCUGUUCUGGCAUAAUGGAAGGAGGUUCAGUACAUAUGAUAAUGAUAAUGAUCUUUCAUCAAGUAACUGUGCUCAGAGGAAAAGUGGUGCCUGGUGGUAUUGGGAUUGUGAGCGUGCAAAUCUUAAUGGCCUUUAUUAUACUACUCAAGUGAAUAGUGGUAAAGCCAUCACUUGGCAGCAUUGGAGAGGGUACAAUAGCCUCAAGUUCUCAGAGAUGAAAACCCGUCGUAACAAUUAAAUACUGUCCCCCUCCCAAACACAUAAGUGUUUUUACAU